AUGCGCCUGUUUCGGAAAUAUUGUCUGCCAUCGCAUACCGAGAAGAGUGCGGGGAAGAAGAACAAGGAAAAGACUCGAUUCCGCACGCCAAGCUCGUUCAGCAGCAACAGUACCAAAUCCACCAGCAGGACGUCUCCUCUGUCUCCUCCUUAUUCUUCACCGAGCUACGAUGCUACGAAACAACUGCCCCCCCAAGUUCUCAGCAGAAUAUUCUACUAUGUCUGCCCUCAUUCGCUCGAUGAAUCAUACAACUCGUCCGAGGAGUCAAUAACUGAAGAUGGCUGCAUGUUAUGUGAUAUGCGCGACUUGGCAUGUUGCGCUUUGGUGAGCAAGAAAUGGUGCACGCCAGCGCAAAAUCUACUCUAUCGACAUGUCCGCAUCGACGCCGUUCAUUACUGUGAACUCGAGAUCGAACUAUCAGCAAAACGCAAACGCCGCCGCUCUUUUGUUGACCAAAAUGGGAAAAAGUUGGAUGUUCCCCAGUCGCGAUUACAUCAGUUCAUGAGGACAGUCAGGGAUUCUCGAAAGCUUGCCAACACUGUUCUAUCAUUGAGAUUGCCAUACAUGACCCGAGAGGCCAGCAAGUCUGAUCUAGCUCGAACUAUUUCCGUCUUACACAGUUUGCGAUAUGUCGAUCUACCGGCGGGAUUCUUCACUGAUGACCCCUCGUCGUACGCCCUGAAGCAGGAGCUGAUAGCCAAUUGUCCUGAUAUCCGACGGAUGACAUAUGCGCAUGGCUCGGAGAUGGGUUUCUCUCAGAUAGUCGAUUCGUCGUUGUGGAAGAACCUGGAGAGCCUAGAGCUAUCAAAUCUUCAAGUUGAAGAGAGUGCUUUACGGCAGGCUCUCUCUUCAUUCCCUGCUUUGAAAAGCUUGAAUAUGGAGAACAUAUCAUCAAUAGGAGACUCUCUUUUCAUGCCUAACCAAUUUCUACCGACGUUCCCGCCUAUCGCCAAGUUGACUAUUCGGAACAUGUCAGCCAUCACCGCUGGCGGACUGGCUGAUCAUCUCUCCGCUCCACAGACUCAACAUGCGCUUAAAGAAUUGGUUCUGGUGCAGUGCGGGGUCCGUCCGGAAUCACUCCAUACGAUUUUUUCUAGGGCUCCCCAGCUAGCAAACCUCACGCUAGAGUUAGAAGUGGUCAAGUCCUUUCUUGCUCAAGAAAUCCCGCUCCUAGCGUCCAGAAGUCUGAAAACCGUACACUACGAGAUUACCUGCUCAAGCAGCUCGACUGGAUUACAGCCUGUGACAAAGUCUUAUUAUGACUAUCUGAUGUCUUCACUCAAGGCAAACAACCUUCCCUCUUUACGAAACCUUUAUGUCCUGGAUUCUCAAUUUGCCGAUAUACUUCUUCUAGCACCUCCACCGCGUCUCUUCGGUGGAGGUGAAAACGGAUUUCAGUCACUGGGACCCGGCUUGCAACACCCGUUGACCCUGUUUACCAAAGGCAUGGACGAGUUUGAAUGGAAUGUGACCGAGUUCGAACCGGCGUCUUCUGGUAGACGAGCAAGUAUGACCAGACCGGUCAGUUUCCACUCGGCGCAACUGAGUUCACGGUGGGGUGGAGAAGCGCGCGAGAGUGUCAUUGUGGGGAAUGGAUUUGGGGGAUACCUUGCAGUCCCUGUGAAUGAAGGACGACCUAUGAGUAGUGGAGGGAUUCGGGGCCAUAAUACAAGGGAUAGCAAGUACGACCUCUGGAGGUGA